GCCUGGGGGAAGAAAGAAAGGGCAGGCGCCGAGGAGGUGGGACUGCGCCCCUUUGGUGGCCAACAGCCUGAGAUGUGCGUCACAGUGAAGGUCACAGUUCCUGCGCUCACGCUGAGCGACAAGAGCACACGUGUCAUUGAAGCAAAGAUCAACACUACCCUGGAGGUCUUGGCCAAUGCGACUGAGAAGGCCGAAGCACAAGCGUCCGCCACCGCCAAGACGAGCCGUCAAGCAGCGGUGGAGGUACAGGCAGAGGCCAGCGCGACGCAAAAGGCCACGGCGACCGCGGAGGCCACCUACACAGCGUAUGCGGAGGCUCGAGAUACAGCAACUGCCAGCUACAAGGCAGUGGCGACAGCAAACGCGCAGCAGAAGGUCAAGGAGGAUGGCUCGAAGGCGAAGAUCGUGAUUGAAGCCACGGCAGCGGCGCGAGAGAAGGGCGAAGCUAGCUCCAAAGAGAUCGCCAAUUCCACAAGGACGGUGACAGCCAAGGGCGAGGGAGAUGUGACGUUGAAGCUCAAGCAGAAGGGACGAGGUCAGGCCACUGCCGAAGCCGAGAAGAACGUGACCGUUCGCAUGGAGGGCUCCGACUCUGUCCAGAAGAGCAAGAUCCUCAAUGUCAGGGGCAUCGGUACCUUCAACAGGGAGUUCCAGGCCACGGCCACGGCGAAAGCCAUCGUCGAGGCGAAAGCGUGCAUCGCUUCGGACCAGGCAGUGGCGAGCCUGGGCCUCGACGCCAAGAAGUUGUCGGGCAUUCCCUACGCCCGAUCCGUGUACAAGGAGGCUGAACGAGAAGCCUACGCCCAAGCGCGAGAGAAGGCCACGCGCGCCGCGGUGGACUUGGCCACCAAGGAAGCCACCAAGCGCAUCGACGAAGACAUCGACAGACAAGUCGACGAGUACAAGAAGGCCCACAGAGCGGAGCUACAGGCGGUGGCCCUCCAGGAUGCCCUCAAAGGCACCCUGGCGGAGCAGAAGGAGCUGCAGGCAUCCGCAUCCCAGGAGGCCUUGGCUAAUGCAGCGGCAAAGGUGAAGGCGGCUGUUCCGAUCGAGGCCAAAAAGAGGGCAGAGGCGGAGGCGCAGAAAGCCGCAGAGGCCGAGGCCAAGAAGAUUGCGACGGCUGAAGCUCAGAAGCAGGCACAGGAAGGCCUGGAGGCAAAGGCCACGGAAAAGGCAAAGGCCGAAGCGGAGGAGAAAGCAGAAGCUGACGCCAAAGCAAAUGCUUUCAAGUUGGCGAAGUCUGUGGCCGAGGAGGAUGCCAAG